UCGGCAGCAGAUCACACUUAGCUUGGCUGAUGGAAAAGCUCGACCCCAAUGACAUGACAAUUCGAGCUGGCCCUGGAAAGGAGCUGAAAAUAACAAAGGAUAUGGUGCACCUAAUUUUGGGUUUACCGAAUGCUGGGGGAGGAACUGCAUUGGGCAUCGAUGAAGCUGUUGUUGCCAACAAUUUGAGAGCUGAACUUGGGCUAUCGAAAGAAGAUUUUGGGGUUACAGCUCUACAAGAUCGUUUGAGGAAAGGUUCUGACGAUGAUUUAAGCAUCAGAUGCUUUUUCUUGAUAUUGUUCAAUAGGUUGUUGUUCCCUACUGCCAGCUGGGGAAUAACGAACCAUGAGGUUCUUUUAACCGAGCAGAUGGAUCGUUUCCACCAGAUUGACUGGUGUCAGCUUAUUUUCAAUGAUUUAUGCCAAGCUGCCAAGAAGUGGCAUAACAGGAGCGUUACGAACGUUUCUACAACCAUCUAUGGAUGUUCCAUCGUUAUUCUUCUGUAUUAUUUGGAUCAUUUGCAUGACUCAGCGGCACCCCUGAACAAACGUGGAACACCACGAAUCAAAUACUUUGAUAGGAAUAUUAUUCAAGCCCUGACAAGAGCUGACAAGGGCAAGAUACACAAAGGAGAAGAAGCAUUUGGACAUUGCUCGUUCCGAAGCUCCUCAGAGACCUGCUACACAGAUGUACCACCCGUUCAUGCACAAUUCAAGGCAUGA